CUUUUUCUCUUCGGCCUCGAGGGCACUAAAAUCACCCUUCCAAGCUCCGACUCCCUCAAAAUCCGCGGCAAUACAUGGGUGAUCGAUAAGAAACUCAACGAAGUCUCUUGCAAUAUCACGCGCGAGGACCUUGACCGUGGUGGUGGCACUAGGACUAUGCCAUCUUUUACAAUAGGAAAGUUCUCGUGCCACCAGGUGGGAGCCCCCGCGGAGUCCGCUUUUAUGAGAAUCUACUGUCAAGUUCCGAUCGAAGAAACCCAGAUUCUAAGCCCCGAUGUUCGAGCUAAGCAAGCAGUUCCUCCUUACCAACACAGUGAGGUUAUGGCAUUGAAAAGGUUCAGGGAAGGUGGCUGCACAGUCGUGCCCGAGCUUCUUGGGUAUAGCGAAACUGUCCAAAGCAGAGAUGGACUCGUGCCUGGAGGGUAUAUCAUAUACCUCGUAUGGGAUAAAGUCCCAGGCGAGUCAUUGUCACGAAAAGUUUUCUGGUCAUUCGAAGCACCUGAGCGAGAUCUCAUUCGUCGAAAGUUUCGAGCCGCUUAUGAGGAUCUAAGAUCUUUCGGCUAUCUGUCAAUAGUAAAAACCCCAGCUAAGCUUAUCUGGGACAAGGAUUCUGCCCAGCUACAUAUCGCUGGAUUCUCGACGGCAACCGAAGUCGACCCUACCAAGGAAUGGACUGAUGACGUUUACGCAAUGUACCAUCUUCUCAAGCGACCCAAGAUUGGCUGGGAGGAUAUCACUCGAUGGGAGUGGUGA